AUGCUUCUAGUUGCGCGCUGGCUCGAUUCGGUAGCAGAUGCUGUGGAGAACAACACCGUAGCAUCUAGCGAGAAAUUUCCGUGGCGGGAGGUCAUACCGCCUCUAUUCGUCGGCAUCAACAAGCACCGAGAACUUCUGAGUUCAAAGAUGCCGCGCACUCAAUUUUCUCCAAAAGAGCUGCGGGAGUUUCUGGAAACCGAAGGCUUCAUUGAGACGCAGGGACAAAAGCUACAGCAUUUGCUUGAGACAAAGGGGAUUCCAGGCAAGGGUUCAGAAGCAGGAGCAGGCUCGCCUUCGCCUAAACCACGUACCCCUCUUGACGACUAUCUUGACUACUUACUGGCGGUCGCUGUGGACUCACUCCGGAAGAGACAGAAGCCCGUUGUAAUCCCAAAGAUAACGCAACACUCCUUUGAGGUCGGCGAAGAACCUGAUAGCAGCUGUUGUUGCGACGCAUCUUCUAGUGACCAAACCCUGCAGAGUUCCCAAGAUGAGGGAUUCAGAAGCCGGUGCAAAACGUCCCUUUGGGGUAAUCUCCCUCUCUUCGCUUCUGAGAAGCCCUUGCCUCGCCAGCGGUGCGCAAGCUGCCUACCAAUCAGAGGAUCUUCACGAGCGUGGUUCGGCAAGAGUAAUUCACUAAGACGAGGUUUCGGGUUCCCCUGUUGCUACACUGGUGAAAACACCGGGCCCCCUGAGCUCGACCUAUUCGAAUCCACAGCAAUGCAGCAAGUACGUGCCACUGCUUGCCGAAUGCCGCUGCUACCUUCUGAAAGAUAUCUUCGGUAUCUGCGGCUGACGGGACGUUGCAGAGAGCUUGCUGCGCUCGCAAUCUGGUUAUCAGGGAGGCCUGAUCUAGUUUCCAGCUACUUUGAGCGCAUGGCUCCCAAACAACAGCAAGCCUCUGCUGCUGUUAGGGUCAAUAGUUCCACCCCAGAUAAAGGAACACCACGUUCCCCACCUUCAGCCGAAAGCCCUGGGGGGGAAGGUGGCAGUCCGCCUUCAUCUCCAGGCGGCACUCAACCGGAGCAGGAGAGCACUCCCUACGCUGACGAAGCAUCCCGAAGCCCUAUUCGUGAGGGCGAAGCUGCACGUGAAGAGCACAAAGGCAAGGAUGGGGAAGAAUGUCAGGGCUCGAGCAAGGGCGCUGUUCUAUGUCCAAGCUCCCCAGUGACCUUACCAUUGUCUUCUUCCCCUAGGAACAUGGGUUUCCUUGGAAACAGCCUUCAAGGCAAAGAUACGGACGACCGCGCCGAAUUGCCCACCGCUGGGGAAGAUGGACUUCACACCGAGGGAAACCACCGAAAUGAUAGCUCCGGAACAAUCCACGCACAGUCAUCCCCUAGGAAAUCACCUGAUCUGCCUUCUUCUCCGAAAAUCCGAGCAAAGUUGCGAGCUCGAGCAGCAGAACCCCCGUCUGACAAAGGGAACGGUGGUUUAUUGGAAGGUUCUCCACAUUCACAACGUUUUACAGCUACACAGACGUCUGCAUCAAAAGCAAAAGCGAAGAAAUUUGUUGCAGGAAGGACUCCAGUAUCACGUGUGGCGACGAUAGGGCAGAAGACUGCUGCAGGUUCCAAGCCAUUGCGGCCCCUCGGACAAGCACAGUGGCAGAUCCCAGCCGUACCCGGGGAGCCGCCUUCAGCUCGAGACCCGCAGAAGACAGCAAAGAUAUUGGCUACAAAGCAAGAGACUGCGGAUACAGCGAAAUGCGAGCCGCCUGAGUCAGUUGGCACCGCAGAUGCUAUGCCCGAUUCCAGAGAAAAGGAAUCACCCGCGCCAUCCACCAGGCCAGAAGAUUUUGUUGAAUCCGUUUCACCCACUGAUGCAGAUAAAGUAGUGUCACCAACCGUAAGGCGCAUAGCUGACACUUCAUCAAAACAGCCGCGUGAGCAUCCCUCGAAGAAGCAAGCCGUUGCGCAGUCGAAGACACUUACCUCGCGCAGUUCGUCGACAAAGCGCCUUAAUCCGGCAAAAACUACAAGCCGACGCCCAGCAGCUGCAGCCCAGCAAAUGAGAACAGGAGCUCUUCGCAGGGAGGUUCAGAACGCUCAGUCCUCAGCAAGUUCUACACGCUUAACGGAAGAGGCCAUCGACCUCUUGUCAGAGCCGCAGGUGUUGGCUGAGAUGGCAAGACUUUGCACUCGCCUCUCAGACCUCGUCUGCUGUAGGUCGCCAACAUCUGUUGAUUGCCACUCUGGAGAUGAUGAGGGAAGCUCUGUCACUUGA